AUGUCCGACACCAAGUACCUCGACUCCUCUAACCAGGCCUACCUCAACGUCGUCGUCAAGGAGGCCGGCAAGGGCGCGCUCGUCGGCGCUCUCGCCUUUGCCCCCACCAACUGGUGGCUCACACGUCGCUUCCCGGCUUACCGCAACCUCCCUCCUGCCGGCAAGGCCUUCCUCGGCAUGAUGUUUGUCAUUCCCGUCGGCACCAUCUUUGCCGAGAAGGCCGGCGAGCACUACAUUGCCGAAACCCAGUGGAAGGGUGUUGAGCACGAGCAGCUCUCGCGCGAAAAGCAGCAGGCCGACGAGAUGUGGGACUCGAUGAGCACCGCUGAGAAGAUUAAGGACUACGCUGCUCGCCACCAGUACGGCAUCAUCGGUGGCUCGUGGGUCGCCUCGCUCGGUAUUGCAUUCGGCAUUGUCGCACGCAACAAGUACCAGACGUUCCCCCAGAAGCUCGUCCAGGCGCGUAUGUACGCGCAGGGCCUCACUGUCGGUGUCCUCAUCGCCUCGGCCCUCCUGGCCGGCGUCAACGCCAGGGGCCAGAAGCCCGAGCUGCCGGCCGACCACUCGUGGCGCGACAUGCUCGAGCACAGCGGCCACCUCACCAAGGCUGAGCGCAUCGCACUCCACGCCGUCCGCAAGGCGCCUAUCAACGCGUCCACCACCCCCGCCCCAGCUACUGCGGCGGCCUAA